UGAGGCUGGCUGGGGGAGGAGCCGUGUCAGUGGAGUACUGAGAGAGAAAGAAAGAGGAGGGAGGGAGAGAGAGAAAGAGAGAGAGAGAGAGGGUGAGGGAGAGAGAGAGAGAGGCAGCCAGGCAGAGAAGGAGCUGGCGGUCUGGUGGCCUUGCAUAACACACGUUGGAGCAGCCUUGCACGCAGGACUUGAUGCAAGCUUCACCAGAGGGGAACUUCCUUGAACGUCGGCCUGGCGCAGGGGCAGAUUGUUGAGGCAGGGGCUGCGUAGCCUCCACCUCCACCUCCACCUCUAGCCGGAGUCAAGAGGAAGGCAAAGCAGGGCUGGAUCAGAGCAGAGCAGAGGCUCCGAGAGAACAGCACGGCACAAAGGAGAGAUUCAGGAAGAGGAGUCCUAGGAAACACGUCUCCAACAUUCACUCACACACACACACACACACACACACACACACACAAACACACACUCACACAGACACUCACACACACACACAUACACACACACAUACAAACACAAACACGGGUAGGAAGAAUCCCUGGACAUGCUCUGCAAGCAGUGGCUGUGGAGAUACUGAUUUCUGCUGAAGCGGAAGAGGUAGGUCGGACAGAAAUGAUUCCUCAUGAAGUCCAUGGCGCUCAUUCAGUGGGCCGACAUGACUCCAUCUUCUCUGGUCUGAGACCUGGAGCCGUCCACCAGUGAACUCAGAGGGAGCCCAAGCCACACGGUGCACAGGGAGGCUGGCCCCGUGACGCAAUCACGGAGUGGAAGACAGAGAAAGACAGACUGAGAGGAAUAAGAGACGCACUACUAAGGAUUAGUAAACAACACUGAUACUAUGAAAUCCAACCAGGAGCGGAGUAAUGGAUGCCUGCCUCCAAAGAAGCGUGAGAUCCUGGCUCUGGAGCAGAGGCCAGUGGUAGUUGCCACCGCAGCAGCUCCGGCCGCAUUGGCUACUGACAGUCCUCACACAGAGAACCUGGCCUGGCUGGCUAGUGUGGCCAGUGAGCGCUGCAAAUCCAGGGAUGCAGAGAGCCCCAGGUGUCCUGCAUCCUCCUCUUCCUCCUCGUCUCCCUCCUCUUCUGUCCCAUCCUCGGCCACUCCUCUGUCUGCUGUGCCCCUCGCCUCACUUCCCACAGUUUACCCCACAGCCCUUCCCCAGCAGGCAGCAGGGACAAUCCAGUACACCCAGCUCGGACCUAACGUCCAGUUCAUCAGCUCUGGGCCCUACGCCGGCUAUAUCUCCUCUCAUAUCAUCUCCACCAAUCCCACCUCCGCCCCCAACAGCUCCACUGCAGCAGGACAGCGCCCCCAUGUAGAUGGAUACACCACGGCCCUUAUCUCUCCCGGCACCAAAGGGGAGCAGCAGUUUCAGAUAGGCCUCUCUUCCACAGACCUGGCUCCUGUGUCGCUGCCCAACUCCACCCAGGUCACCAGCCAGUACAUCCAUCUGGACAGCAGAACACCUUUGACUGUCACCUCACCGACUGCCCACCUCCCCCUCCAGCUCCAUACUCAUCCAGCUGUCCUACCCCACACACUCACCCUCGCUCCCUCCCAGCUGGUGGUUCAAUAUGCAGAUGGUUCCGCUGUAAAGAAACCAGAGGCACAGGGGAAGGGUGUGCUGAACGGGGAAAUCGAGGUGGUCAAACAGUCUAAAGCCUCCAGUCAGCCGGUGAACCAUCAGCAGGUCCAGAGCUAUGAGGCCAGACACAUCCUCCUCCCUGCAGACUAUGGCCAAAACCCCUCAGGACUCCAGACCUCGUUGGUCCUGGUGGCCCAGCCAAACAGCGGAGCGGAACACGAAUCUGGCUCAAACAAGCUCUCCUUGGUCCAGACGGAGAAGGGGGGCAUCUGCUUAGGGAAGCCUGUAUCCAGAGCAUCCUCCUUCACUUCCCUCUCCUCCUCUUCAGAGGUGCUGAAAUCUGCUGCCCCUCAUACAGUCAUCCAGACCACUCUACCCCCCGAGGAGCUGCCCACCAGCUUUUAUUCCUCCACACAGCCACCAAUCAUUGGCUACAUUGCCAGUGCAGGGCAUCAGCAUACUGUCAGCUACCACGCUGCACUGCCUCAACAUCUGGUCAUCCCAAGUGGCCAGUCACUCAUCAUCCCAGUUAGCGGGUCUAAUAACGCCGCAGACAUGGAGGUUAGUCGUGCUGUCAGCUCCCUGACUGCCACCACCACCCCUCAUAUAUCCACCGCUAUGCCACAUGCCUACCUGGCCACUGCCCUGUCCAAAUGUGAGGUGUUGGGCUCAGAUGGAAAUCCACAGCCCCCUGCCAUUGCCCAGGCUCCAGCGUUACCUGUCCUGCCUUCUAACCCGGCUCCCACCGUAAUGGCACCUCCCUCCCCUGCACCUGCCCCUGCCCCUGCUCCUGCACCUGCCCCUGUCCCUGUCCCUGUCCCUGCCCCUGCCCCUGUCCCUGCCCCUGUCCCUGCCCCUGUCCCUGCCCCAGUCCCUGCCCCUGUUGCAGCUCCUGCCCCUGCCCCUGUCCCUGCCCCAGUCUCUAUCCAAGCCUCUCCUUCAAUCUCCUCUCCCUCCUCCCCUGUGGCGCUCCCUCCAUUCUUUAUGCGAGGAUCAAUCAUCCAGUUGGCCGAUGGGGAGCUGAAGCGUGUGGAGGACCUGAAGACAGAGGACUUCAUCCAGAGUGCUGAGAUAAGCAGCGAGCUGAAGAUCGACUCCAGCACUGUAGAGCGGAUUGAUAGUGGAAAGACGCCGAAUGCUGUGGUCAUCCAGUUUGCUGUGGGAGAGCUGAAAGCCCAGGUGUGUGUGGAAGUGCUGGUGGAGUAUCCCUUCUUUGUAUUUGGCCAGGGCUGGUCAUCCUGCUGCCCAGACCGGACCACGCAGCUGUUUGAGCUGUCCUGCGCUAAGCUGUGUGUAGGUGAUGUGUGUGUGUCGCUGACCCUGAGGGGGCUGAGGAAUGGUUCAGUAACAAACAGCCAGGGCCUGGGGGGCAAGCUGAAGACCAGCCACAACUCUGACUCCUACCACAACAUGGAGUCAUCUCUAAGGAACAGUACAAGUCCAAGUCCAAAUGCUGCGGGCAGCAACAGUGGCCUCCUGAUGAAGGCCUCCAGUUCAGACAGGCUGGAAAGGGACCAGGUACCAGGACCAGGACCAGGACUAGAGUUACCUCCAGGAUUAGGAGCUAUCCCAGGACCAGGCGGGGCGGGCUAUGGAGCAGGACAGGGGGCUGCCGCUGACAUGCUAGCUGUCUCAGGGAGUAGAGACAUGAGACAGGAACCAGUGAAAAUGGACACAAAGCCUCCUUCCAAAAUGCAGUCUGGUGACCCCGAUAGACCCACCGGCCGGAAGAGACGCUGGUCAGCUCCAGAGAGAGACCAGACUGAGAGAUUUGAGGAGGAGCCUCCUCUGACUCUGCCCAAACCCUCCUUCAUCCCUCAGGAGGUUAAAAUCAGCAUUGAGGGCCACUCUAGUACUGGGAGUGAAAGGUGCUUGAACAAAAGAUUAGACUGUUGAGAGGACUAUAAGGAAUUUGAAUUACUUGUGGUUUGGUUUGUGUCAUUGUUUAUCCCCUCUAUUUUCUCUCUAUCCAGACUACUGUAAUAUAGGCUGAGUUUACACAGUAUUUACAUGUUUCUGUCCCAUAUAGGUCUGAUAUCUACAGUGCAGUACAGUAGAGCACCUUCAUAUGUGGUAUCAGACCCAAAGUCAGUGCAAUCAAUGCUGAAAGCAAAACAUGAAUGCAGCGUGAAUGUUGAGUAUGAAUGGCAAUCAGAUGUUUGAGAGACAUUUGACUUGCAUGACACCUAUAAUAAGCUGAUUCUCUUUCGUCUUGUGGCUUAACCCUGUUGGAUACAGACCAAUCCACCAUGCCGCUUUAUCACACGAACAAGCACAGACCCCUCACGUCAGCACACAGAAACUGGGUAGCCAAAUCUUGACUUGUAUUUCUCAUCCUGUUUGUCUCGCUGUUUUCUCGGUGGGUACUGACGUUGUGAGUGGUAGCACGAAGUUGGAGUGAAAGAAACACCACGAUGAUUAUUUCCAUGGCAACGCUCGCUUGCCACUGAUCACCAUGGCUAUGCUCUCUGCUGCCUUGUGCAUCUCAUGCUAUUUUGAUGAUUUUUUUUAUUACUCUUUUCUCUUUUACAUACCAUUACACAUUUUUAGAUCAUUGGAUUACUUUGUGGUAUAACAGGUGGCACUGUGCCACUUUUGUAUGUUUAUGUGUGUUUGCGUGUGUGUAUGUGUGUGUCUGUGUGUGGUCUGUGGUGAUACCGGGGCUGUCAGAAGGAGUCAGGUUUGUGGCUGGUAGCAGUGAGCUAAGUCUUUCCUACAGCCAGCAAAUGUCAAGGCCAAAAAAAGGCCUGAAUGUAUCUAACAAUGAAAUUUGUUAUCAAUAUUGACUCACAAAGUUAUGCAUGUGCUGUUUGUUACACCAAUAAAGAAUAUAUACUGAGAAAUUGAUACCAAUGCUUUUGCAAUAUCUGGGUCACAGCAGCUGCACAUUGGUGCAUUGCUUUGAUGAGGUUCCUGUGCUUUAUCUCGAAAGUACGUUUGUAUUUGAGUCUCAUAAUAAUGGUGGAAUGGAAUUUCACCCAAGGACGGCGUGUGUGUCACCAGAUUACACCUUUUGUUUGGCCCUCGUGGUUUUCUGCUGCAUUUGAAAUCUGAACUAGUAAGGAAGCCUCAAGGCAUUGCAGUCCAGUACCUCUGAAUAGUGAGUUUUACAGAGUUAAGUGUGUGCUCAAACCUCAUCCUGCAACAUUUUAUCAUCUAAAUUCCAUAAAGUCACAGCUGACGACCUGAAAUCCAAGCACACUUUACGAUUACUGUUAAAAAAAAAACAAAAAAAACAUGGCUUAGUAUUUACUCUGACAUGAUUCCUGCCCUGUUGACUGCUUUAUCAGACAAACAAUAUGGCCUUAGAUUGAACUACCAUACAGCAGCACAUGGUUUUUAGGGUUUUACCAUUAAAACCCGAUUUCCUCAAUGAUGGUAUGCCUUGCUAUUAAGUCCAUACCUAUCAUAUCAGAGUACUGCUAUUUGAUGAAAAACAGCCUUGUCUGUCUUUAUGUAAGUGGAUAAUGUGUACAUGUCAUGUUUUUUCUUUUUCUUUUUCUCUUUUUUUUCUUUUUAGAGUAGAGCCAAAAUAAAUAUAUUACCGUUCAUACUCAGGAACAGUGUGUAUCAAAGUCUCUGUGUAGGAGGACUGUGGUGUAUGUGUGUGUGUGUGUGUGUGUGUGUCUGGGCCUGCAGCGAGAGUGAAUAUGUGCGUAUUUACAGUCACAUGUGUAUGUGUGUGUUCUGAGCAGCAGCACUUUGAUGAACCAUCCGGUGGGGGUGUGGGUGGUGUCGCUGUUUGUAGUAAGAUAGUUUCCCUCCUUGGCUUUGUGAGACGUUACGAGAUUAAUCAACUGACUGUUUUUCAUCAUUUCAUAUCCCACAAAGUUUAUGGUUGUGGGAAAUAAUUGUAUACCGGGGCAGGGAAUGUAAACACACAUUGGGCGAGCUAUCUCAACUUUAUUUUUUGAUUAUAAAUAGAGUCACUAUUGAAAGAGAGAACAAGUGAGUGAGCGAGAAAGACAGACAGGGGAAAGAGAGAGGUGCAGAGUUAACUAGCUUGUUUGUGUUGUUCAUGUAUAAUAAAUUGUAUCCUAGAAAGUGUACAGUGUGUGUAUAGAUUCAGUGUAUAGGUACAGUUUUACCCAUAUGUAGCCUAUGUAUAUGCCACAGCGCCACCUCUUCCAAUCAUUCCAUUAUCUCACCAGUUUCAAGUGAUCCUGCUCUCAUUUCUUUGUCAGUUCAGGUAUUUAUCUGAUGUAUAUGAAUGUGUUAUAUAAGUCUAUAUAACUAGUCCUGUUCAUAUUCAUGUUGGACUUGCACCCUGUAAAAUAGGUGUUAAUAAGAAACUGCAGUUUAUCACGAUAGCCAUUUAUCUUUUCAAGUCAUGAAAAGGCGUUUUUAUCGUAUACACAGACUGUUGUUUUCUGUUAGUGUUUGACUGCUCAGGCUAAACACUGCCCAGUGACUGUUCUCCUCCCCGAAAAUGAUGUGGUCCGAUAAUCUUUUCCUGUCAGAAAUGAAUCUUUCAGCUUGGCCUCUGUCGGUAUUUCCCUUAUCAAACUGGAUUGCAGACUUUUCUUUUGAAAGGACACAAUACCACAGGCAAAAAUCCAUGAAAUAUGAGACUGAUGCUUAUUUUACGGCCUUGUAUCAGCUUGUCGGGAAAUACAAUAAUGAAACACCCUCUUGCCUACAAAGCCGGGUUCCUGAACAUGUGUUUUCAGAGUCCCUCGAAACAGUGUUGUUAAAUAACCAGUGUUGUUUUACGGUGUGUGAGCUCUGCCUUGUGGUGAUCUGAUGGAAUAGCACUUUGACCUGUGAGGGGUGUAAGAUAGUGGAUCAUGUGCGGUGAUGUACAGCACGGCUGAGUGAAAUUGUUCUCAAAAAAAAAAAAAAAAAAAGACAGAAAAAAAGAGAGAAUACAACAA